AUGCCCUUUUGCACUAUGAUUUUUAUUAUAUUAUUCUAUCUCUCCGGUGUUCUUCUUGUUCUAAUAACAAGUAUGUUCUGGAUCCGACGCCAAAAGACAGCUGAUGAAUCUGGCAACCAUUCAAGAAUACAGCACCUAAAGAAUCUCAAGACCCGCCACGAGACUGCAUCUGAUUUGCUGGAGCUGGUUCAGAUAGAUGGUGCGGGAGCAUGGCCACCGCGCACAGAUUUUGAGUCAUGGCCAAGUCCAUUGCGCCCCUACCAUGAUAUCUACUUCAAUAUUAUACCGCUUCUGUCUACUGCAGAACCCUCACUAGAUGAUGCUGUCAACAAGAAACUAGUCGGCGACUUUCGAUCACGUAUGAGAAAGAUGCUCGCUGAAAGAAUAAAUCUUGCACAUGUCAAGGAAAUUAUGGCUGCGGCUGAGGCCGGGAAAUGGGAUAUCUUCCCUCGAGACACCUACAAUGGCUUCUACUGCUGCAUCGCUGUGUCGCGCCAUGCCUAUAGAUGGGGAACGAUUCCUGUUGUCGAAUUUGCCCAAAGAGAGCAGGUACUCGAGCUCCCACCUGAGCUUGACUUGCCCUGGGACUAUCUGCAGCGCAACUUUGGCGUCACCGCUGCGAGUGGGAACAAUACAGCAAAUGUCCUGCUCAAUAUUAACAAACGAGGCGAAAGAGUGUACAAGAUAAAUGUUGCAAUGUCAAGUCUAAUAAGAUCAUCAGAGGAGACAUUUUUCUGA